GCCAGAGUGUUCUUUCGGACAUGACGCACCAGGGCACCGUUCACCGUUUCCUUGGUAACAGCUAACGAGGUUCACGGUUUUGACUCAAGUUUUCGCAUUUGCGGACAGUAUGGACGUCCAAGAGAAGAAAAGUGUCCGGAGCUGUGGCGAGAACAUCGUGGAGAUGGUUGACUUGGAUGAAGAAACAUUUGCUGUCUCUAGCUCCUCAACAGCAGAUGCUUGUUUUGAUACGGUGAUCGGCUGCAUAGAAGACAUCAUCAUGGACGAGGAGUUCCGCCUGCUGCAGCAGACCUUCAUGGAGAAGUAUUACCUGGAGUUUGAUGACUCUGAAGAAAACAAGCUCAGUUACACUACCAUUUUCAAUGAACAUGUGGAUCUUCUGGAGAAACAUCUGGAAUCACAAUUAGUGAGACGGAUUCCUGGCUUCAACAUGAACACCUUCAUUCAGAUUUUAAUGCAAAACAAAGAUCAAGUUUCCAGUGACAUCUUUGACAUGCUGCUGACCUUCACCGACUUUAUGGCCUUUAAGGAAAUGUUUCUGGACUACAGAGCCGAGAAGGAAGGUCGUAGUCUGGACUCAGGACUUGUGGUCACAUCUCUGAUCCCUGCCAGCGCCACACACAGCAGCUCCACCUCCUCAUUGCAAUGACACACGGCCUCAGGUCUCAUUCUUACAUAGUCAUUCAUUAGGAAUCAUUUACAGUGAAUUUAACGAAAAAAAAAUACAAAAUGUAAAUGUGUUUCUGUGUGUCCUCACUGCCUCUCCAUAGACACCAACAUCAUUAACCAUCAAGUUAACUCAAACUUCAGUGCCUGUAAAAGUGUUUUUCACCACAGUGGGUGAAUGUGUUUGUUAAGAGCGUCUAGGCUAUUUAUAUUCUUUGUGAACUUGUCAUUUUUUUCCAUGGAAUUUUCAAUAAACUGAUUAAAUUGUC